AUGUCUUUCCGCUCUGCAGCAGCUGCCGUAUCAGAAGGAGACGUUCGACUUGUCAAUGGACGUACUUCACAUGAGGGCAGGGUGGAAAUCUAUCACAAUGGUCAGUGGGGAACAGUGUGCGAUGACGAAUGGGAUUUGCUCGAUGCGGAUGUGGUGUGUAAGCAACUGGGUUACACUGGCGCUAGUCAGUACGCUUCUGAGGCAUUUUACGGACAAGGCAGCGGGAAAAUAUGGAUGGACGACGUUAGGUGCAGAUCGUCGAAUUUACGUCUGGGAUCUUGCAGUUUCUCAGGUUGGGGCAUAGAAAACUGCGACCACUCGGAAGAUGCGGGUGUGAUCUGCGACCAUUUACCCGAUUAUCCCAUUACUGACGCAGUGACAACAUCUACUCCAUCAUCAUCCAAGACGGUCACUCGCUCCUACUAUCCAACAGCAGUUGCCGUAUCAGAAGGAGACGUUCGACUUGUCAAUGGACAUACUUCAUAUAGUGGCAGGGUGGAAAUCUAUCACAAUGGUCAGUGGGGAACAGUAUGCGAUAACGGUUGGGAUUUGACCGAUGCGAAUGUGGUGUGUAAGCAACUGGGUUACACUGGCGCUCGUCAUUACACUUCUGGGGCAUCUUACGGACAAGGCAGCGGGAAAAUAUGGAUGGACAGAGUUGGAUGCAGAUCGUGGGAUUCACGUUUGGGAUCUUGCAGAUUCACAGGUUGGAACAAUAACAACUGCGACCACUCGAAAGAUGCGGGCGUGAGCUGCGACGCUUUAUCCGAUUAUCCCACUACUGACGCAGUGACAACAUCCGCAUCCACAACGGUCAGUCGCCCCUGCUAUCCAACAGAGUCCUAUCGUGCCGACGGAAGUGUGAGACUUGCUGACGGGUACUCUCCAAAUGAAGGUCGAGUGGAAAUAUAUCACAAUGCUGAAUGGGGAACAGUUUGCUAUGACUUGUGGACUUCAACUAACGGACUAGUGGUUUGUAAGCAACUGGGAUACAAAUACCACGUCAUGAGCUAUACGCUAACUAAUAGACCAGCUGCAGCUAGUCGGAGAGUAUGGAUGGACAAUGUGGCAUGCAGUGGAAGCGACUUAAGAUUGCAGGAUUGCUCAUUUGCUGGUUGGGGACAUCACAAUUGUGAUCCUAACGAAGACGUGAGUGAUGAUUACGAUCAUUUUGUACCUCAAGCGCAAUUUCUUAUUUUAUACAGAGGGGAGUGGGGAGCCGUGUGCAGAGAAGGUUGGGAUAAUACUGAUGCGAACGUGGUGUGUAAGCAAUUGGGUUACACUGGCGCUAAUAGUGUCGCUACUGGCUCGUUAUUCGGACCAGGCUGCGGAAGAAUAUGGUUAAACAAUGUGGCGUGCGAUCCGUGGGAUUUACGUUUAGAGCACUGCUCUAGACCCUUUUCAAGAUGGGGCGUUUCCAACUGCGAUGAUUCUGGAUAUGCGGGUGUGAUCUGCGAAGAAUCCAUCUCUGAUACGCCAUCUUACCCUACUGGCUGGUGGUGGUGGACAACAUCUGCAGCAACGCCUAUAAAAGAUGACAAAUCAGUAUCAACUACAACAGUUUAUAUUGCUACAGUCUCUGCAAUAUCGGCUGUAGUUAUAUCUAUAGUUGUUAUUAUUAUAAUCGUCGCUAUCCGGGCAAGAGGCAGACCAGUUGUUAUACGAACACCUGCGACGACAUCAAUAGGACAACCAUCGCAUGUUCAGUCGGUAACGACUAUUCCUUCUGCGCCUCCGGAAGAGAUAUAUCCCUGUGCUCACUUCAAUUCUAAUGAAUCGGGAGCUCCACCUCCGUACGAGACGUCGAUUGCCUAUCCAACCGCUAGUUCAGGCGAAACAGCUGCCGUAUCAGAAGGAGACGUUCGACUUGUCAAUGGACGUACUUCACAUGAGGGCAGGGUGGAAAUCUAUCACAAUGGUCAGUGGGGAACAGUGUGCGAUGACGAAUGGGAUUUGCUCGAUGCGGAUGUGGUGUGUAAGCAACUGGGUUACACUGGCGCUAGUCAGUACGCUUCUGAGGCAUUUUACGGACAAGGCAGCGGGAAAAUAUGGAUGGACGACGUUAGGUGCAGAUCGUCGAAUUUACGUCUGGGAUCUUGCAGUUUCUCAGGUUGGGGCAUAGAAAACUGCGACCACUCGGAAGAUGCGGGUGUGAUCUGCGGUAAGACAACAAAAACAGAAAAUGCUGUUUGCCUUUCCAUUACUUUGGUCUGUGAGAAGAGAUUUGUAGUGCAUGUGCAGUGUGAGUGUGUGUGCCAAGCAAAAGCGCAAUCUUCUGAAUGCUGCAUGAAGACUCCUUUAGCCUGCCAGGGAGAGAGCCGCUAA